AUGGCGGAGGAGCCGGCGUGGGAGACCGACGGCGUGCUUACCUUGGAGAGGCAGCUCCACAUGGCCUCCCGCAGGAACAACGUUGAGAGGAUGAAGGAGCUGAUCGGGAGGAGGGUUGACGUCAGGGCCAGAAACCAUGUGGGCCGUGUGGCCCUGCACUGGGCCGCAGCCGCGGGGCACGAGCAGGCUGUGCGGCUGCUCCUGGAGCACGGGGCCGCUGUGGACAAUGAGGAUGCGUUUGGGAUGAACGCGCUUCUCCUGUCUGCCUGGUUUGGCCACUUACAGAUCCUCCAGAUCCUGGUCAACUCUGGGGCCAAGAUCCACUGUGAGAACAAGGACGGCCUGACCUUACUGCACUGCGCAGCCCAAAAAGGCCACGUGCCAGUGCUGGCGUUCAUAAUGGAGGACCUGGAGGAUGUGGCCCUGGACCACGUGGACCAGCUGGGAAGGACGGCAUUUCUCAGGGCAGCUGAGCACGGGCAGCUGGAUGCUUUGGACUUCCUUGUGGGCUCUGGCUGUGACCACAGUGUCAAAGACAAGGAGGGGAACACGGCCCUUCAUUUGGCUGCUGGCCGGGGUCAUGUGGCUGUGCUGCAGCGACUCGUGGACAUCAGGCUGGACCUGGAGGAGCAGAAUGCUGAAGGUCUGACUGCCCUGCAUGCGGCUGCUGAAGGGACCCACCCCGACUGUGUGCAGCUCCUCCUCAGGGCUGGGAGCAGCGUGAAUGCCCUCACCCAGAAAAGGAUGAGCUGCCUCCACUACGCGGCCCUCGGCGGCUCUGAGGACGUGUCCCGGGCCCUCAUCCACGCAGGAGGCUGCACCAAUGUGGCCGAUCAUCAGGGUACCUCUCCUAUGCACCUUGCUGUGAGGCACCACUUUCCUGCCCUGGUCCAGCUCUUCAUCGAUACCCACAGUGACCUGGACGCCACUGACAAUAGGCAGCAGACACCCCUCCACCUUGCUGCCGAGCACGCCUGGCAGGACAUAGCGGAGAUGCUCCUCAUCGCUGGGGUGGACUUAAACCUGAAGGAUAAGCAAGGAAAAACUGCCCUGGCAGUGGCUGCCCGCAGCAACCAUGUCAGCCUGGUGGACAUGAUCAUAAAAGCGGAUCGCUUCUACAGAUGGGAGAAGGACCACCUUUCACACAGGGACCCCAGUGACCCCUCUGGGAAGAGCUUGACCUUUAUGCAGGACCACCGGCGGGAGACACAGCAGCUCCGCUCUGUACUAUGGCGACUGGCCUCCAGGUAUCUGCGGCCCCACGAGUGGAAGAAGCUGGCGUAUUCCUGGGAGUUCACUGAGGCCCACGUCUGUGCCAUCGAGCAACAGUGGACAGGCACCAGAAGCUACCAGGAGCACGGCCACCGGAUGUUGCUUAUCUGGCUGCAUGGUGUGGCCACAGCUGGUGAGAACCCCAACAAAGCACUGUUUGAGGGCCUCGUGGCCAUUGGCAGGAGGGACCUGGCUGAUUCCUGGUUUUAG